ACGUCGUGACCCUGCUGCUUAUGUGUUGAGACGCGAAGGAACACGUAUGCAAGCCCGUGUGUGAAUUGCCAAUCGCCUACUCGAGGUUCCUCGCCCUAUCAGACGAUCUACAAGAACGGACUUAAACCUAGGGUUAUACUGCGUCACUAAUUGCAUACCAUGCUCGCCGGGGCGCUGCGCUCUUGGCUGCCGGUGUCCAGACGCGUGGGCACCGAGCACAGCCAGCCUGGGUUGCCGCAGCCUCCAUCGGCAAGUAUUGCACCGUCACGGAUUAGCUUAGUGCCAGAGGCGGUUGGCGCAAGCGAUGUGGGUUGGGCGCCUCGCCGUUGUCAAGGUGCAACUGCCAGCGGGGCGCGAGGGCACACAGCAGCCCGGGCCGCGCCGCGAGACGGCGCCAGCAGCUCGGGGCGAGUGGCCGAGCAGCAGGUAGCUCCAGGGCCAGCUUCUGCCGCCACUGGCGCCACUGCUGCCGCCAGUGCCACUGCGGCUGCUGCCUCUGCUGGCAGUCAGGCGGUGCUGGUGGAGGACACGACGCAGGAGACGUGGCGGACGCCGCUGAGGCGCGCAGGCUGUGUCGUGGCUCUGGGCAAGUUUGAUGCACUGCACCGGGGGCACCAGGCGCUGGCGGGCGCAGCGGCAAACCUGUGUGAGCAGGUGGAGCGGAGCCAGCAGCGGGAGCAGGGGCAGGCAGGGGCCAGCACCAGCGGGACCGACAGCGGCCCCGGUGGUGGGUGCGGGGAGGUGGUGCUGCUGUCUUUCAGCGGCAUGGGGGCGGUGCUGGGCUGGCCGGACAGGCUGCCACUCACGGCGCCGCAGGACCGCGGCCGAGUGCUCGCGGGCUGGGCGGCGGCACUGAGGUCCGCGGCCUCAGCUGUCGGCUCAGCCAACGGCGCCACAUCUAGGCCCAGCACUGAGGGCAACAAUGGGAACGGCGGUACCGGUACCGGUGCGGGCGACUGCGGCGCGGGACGUGUGGUCCGGCUGCGCACGAUGCCGUUCGGUCAGAUCCGGGGCAUGUCGCCGGAGGAGUUUGUGGCGCUGCUGGCUCGGGACCUGGGCGCGGCGGGAGUGGUGGCGGGGCGCAACUACCGCUUCGGCUUCAAGGCGGCGGGUGACGCGGGCGCACUUGUGCGGCUGGGCGCCCAGUACGGCCUGAAGGUGUCCAUUGUGGACCUGGUGUCGCUGGAGGCGGCGGCGGACAGCGGCGGCAGCUCCGACCCGGCAUCAGCACGGGCCUCGGGUUCUGAUGGGGUAGGGAUGUCAGGAACUGGGACAGCAGCCGGGAACAGCAGCUCCGGCGUUGCUGGCGCCAGCAGUAGCAACGACAGCAACCAGGCCAGCAAGGCUGUAGCUGACGAGACUCGAGUGUCAUCGUCAAGGAUCAGGGGUCUGCUGGAGGGCGGGCACGUGGAGGCAGUGGAGACCCUGCUGGGGCGCAAGUACAGGCUGGUGUGCGACCUCACAGCAGCGGCGGCAACGGCCGGGUCAGCCGACGCCGCUGCCGCUCUAGGCACGGGGUUACUGCGGGUGCCGGCAGCCUGCUACCGCAACCAGGCGCCUGCACCGGGGCAGUACCGGGUGAUGGUGCGCCUGGUGGACAGCGGGCCACCGGGGGCGGAGAUUGCUGCGGAGCGGGACUCAGGCGGCGGCGCCUUCAUGCGCACCUCGCUGUCCUCCACCUUCAGCUCCGGCCUGGACCCGGGAGCUGUGGAGCCGGUGGUGGGGCCGGUGUGUGUGCCUGUGCGCAUCAGCGAGGAGGGGCUGGAGGUGGACCUGGGGCCGCCCGGUGUGCAUGGCUCGGACUCACCGCCACCAACACGGCCUCUGCUGCUGCUAGACUUCGAUGCAUGCAGCUAGGCGCACAGAAUGUGACUUUAGGUGCGAUGGGGGUCUGCUACACGGGGGCAUGCGAGCCAUUUCGCGUGUGGGAUGUGGCCAUAGAGUGGGCGUACGUUGAUAUAGCGUGCGGCGUGUCUUGCGUGUCCUUAUCCAGUCAGUGAUGGUAAGAGGGAUGAGGACAUGCACAAAGCGUAGGGCUGAGUACGUAUGCUAUGGCUGUGUGGGCCUGGAGGACUUAGGCAUCUGGUAUCAGUACGCAAGGGCCAGCAAGGGCGGUGGCAACCUUGGUGGCAACCGCGACCUCAGGCGGCAGCCAGCUGCACACAAACCGUGUCCCGGCUCCCUAACCGAGGGCCCCCUGACUUUUGCAUUUGCAGCAGCUAUCUGUACGAGACUGCAAGCGCUCGGGCUUCCAGAGCCUGAAUGAGGGUUUUUGUCGCGGUUGUCUCGUCCCGGGCCCUA